AUGCAGAGGGCAGGAGGGAAGGAUGUUAUGCAGAGGGCAGGAGGGAAGGAUGUUAUGCAGAGGGCAGGAGGGAAGGAUGUUAUGCAGAGGGCAGGAGGGAAGGAUGUUAUGCAGAGGGCAGGAGGGAAGGAUGUUAUGCAGAGGGCAGGAGGGAAGGAUGUUAUGCAGAGGGCAGGAGGGAAGGAUGUUAUGCAGAGGGCAGGAGGGAAGGAUGUUAUGCAGAGGGCAGGAGGGAAGGAUGUUAUGCAGAGGGCAGGAGGGAAGGAUGUUAUGCAGAGGGCAGGAGGGAAGGAUGUUAUGCAGAGGGCAGGAGGGAAGGAUGUUAUGCAGAGGGCAGGAGGGAAGGAUGUUAUGCAGAGGGCAGGAGGGAAGGAUGUUAUGCAGAGGGCAGGAGGGAAGGAUGUUAUGCAGAGGGCAGGAGGGAAGGAUGUUAUGCAGAGGGCAGGAGGGAAGGAUGUUAUGCAGAGGGCAGGAGGGAAGGAUGUUAUGCAGAGGGCAGGAGGGAAGGAUGUUAUGCAGAGGGCAGGAGGGAAGGAUGUUAUGCAGAGGGCAGGAGGGAAGGAUGUUAUGCAGAGGGUAGGAGGGAAGGAUGUUAUGCAGAGGGCAGGAGGGAAGGAUGUUAUGCAGAGGGCAGGAGGGAAGGAUGUUAUGCAGAGGGUAGGAGGGAAGGAUGUUAUGCAGAGGGCAGGAGGGAAGGAUGUUAUGCAGAGGGCAGGAGGGAAGGAUGUUAUGCAGAGGGCAGGAGGGAAGGAUGUUAUGCAGAGGGCAGGAGGGAAGGAUGUUAUGCAGAGGGCAGGAGGGAAGGAUGUUAUGCAGAGGGCAGGAGGGAAGGAUGUUAUGCAGAGGGCAGGAGGGAAGGAUGUUAUGCAGAGGGCAGGAGGGAAGGAUGUUAUGCAGAGGGCAGGAGGGAAGGAUGUUAUGCAGAGGGCAGGAGGGAAGGAUGUUAUGCAGAGGGCAGGAGGGAAGGAUGUUAUGCAGAGGGCAGGAGGGAAGGAUGUUAUGCAGAGGGCAGGAGGGAAGGAUGUUAUGCAGAGGGCAGGAGGGAAGGAUGUUAUGCAGAGGGCAGGAGGGAAGGAUGUUAUGCAGAGGGCAGGAGGGAAGGAUGUUAUGCAGAGGGCAGGAGGGAAGGAUGUUAUGCAGAGGGCAGGAGGGAAGGAUGUUAUGCAGAGGGCAGGAGGGAAGGAUGUUAUGCAGAGGGCAGGAGGGAAGGAUGUUAUGCAGAGGGCAGGAGGGAAGGAUGUUAUGCAGAGGGCAGGAGGGAAGGAUGUUAUGCAGAGGGCAGGAGGGAAGGAUGUUAUGCAGAGGGCAGGAGGGAAGGAUGUUAUGCAGAGGGCAGGAGGGAAGGAUGUUAUGCAGAGGGCAGGAGGGAAGGAUGUUAUGCAGAGGGCAGGAGGGAAGGAUGUUAUGCAGAGGGCAGGAGGGAAGGAUGUUAUGCAGAGGGCAGGAGGGAAGGAUAGGGCAGGAGGGAAGGAUGUUAUGCAGAGGGCAGGAGGGAAGGAUGUUAUGCAGAGGGCAGGAGGGAAGGAUGUUAUGCAGAGGGCAGGAGGGAAGGAUGUUAUGCAGAGGGCAGGAGGGAAGGAUGUUAUGCAGAGGGCAGGAGGGAAGGAUGUUAUGCAGAGGGCAGGAGGGAAGGAUGUUAUGCAGAGGGCAGGAGGGAAGGAUGUUAUGCAGAGGGCAGGAGGGAAGGAUGUUAUGCAGAGGGCAGGAGGGAAGGAUGUUAUGCAGAGGGCAGGAGGGAAGGAUGUUAUGCAGAGGGCAGGAGGGAAGGAUGUUAUGCAGAGGGCAGGAGGGAAGGAUGUUAUGCAGAGGGCAGGAGGGAAGGAUGUUAUGCAGAGGGCAGGAGGGAAGGAUGUUAUGCAGAGGGCAGGAGGGAAGGAUGUUAUGCAGAGGGCAGGAGGGAAGGAUGUUAUGCAGAGGGCAGGAGGGAAGGAUGUUAUGCAGAGGGCAGGAGGGAAGGAUGUUAUGCAGAGGGCAGGAGGGAAGGAUGUUAUGCAGAGGGCAGGAGGGAAGGAUGUUAUGCAGAGGGCAGGAGGGAAGGAUGUUAUGCAGAGGGCAGGAGGGAAGGAUGUUAUGCAGAGGGCAGGAGGGAAGGAUGUUAUGCAGAGGGCAGGAGGGAAGGAUGUUAUGCAGAGGGCAGGAGGGAAGGAUGUUAUGCAGAGGGCAGGAGGGAAGGAUGUUAUGCAGAGGGCAGGAGGGAAGGAUGUUAUGCAGAGGGCAGGAGGGAAGGAUGUUAUGCAGAGGGCAGGAGGGAAGGAUGUUAUGCAGAGGGCAGGAGGGAAGGAUGUUAUGCAGAGGGCAGGAGGGAAGGAUGUUAUGCAGAGGGCAGGAGGGAAGGAUGUUAUGCAGAGGGCAGGAGGGAAGGAUGUUAUGCAGAGGGCAGGAGGGAAGGAUGUUAUGCAGAGGGCAGGAGGGAAGGAUGUUAUGCAGAGGGCAGGAGGGAAGGAUGUUAUGCAGAGGGCAGGAGGGAAGGAUGUUAUGCAGAGGGCAGGAGGGAAGGAUGUUAUGCAGAGGGCAGGAGGGAAGGAUGUUAUGCAGAGGGCAGGAGGGAAGGAUGUUAUGCAGAGGGCAGGAGGGAAGGAUGUUAUGCAGAGGGCAGGAGGGAAGGAUGUUAUGCAGAGGGCAGGAGGGAAGGAUGUUAUGCAGAGGGCAGGAGGGAAGGAUGUUAUGCAGAGGGCAGGAGGGAAGGAUGUUAUGCAGAGGGCAGGAGGGAAGGAUGUUAUGCAGAGGGCAGGAGGGAAGGAUGUUAUGCAGAGGGCAGGAGGGAAGGAUGUUAUGCAGAGGGCAGGAGGGAAGGAUGUUAUGCAGAGGGCAGGAGGGAAGGAUGUUAUGCAGAGGGCAGGAGGGAAGGAUGUUAUGCAGAGGGCAGGAGGGAAGGAUGUUAUGCAGAGGGCAGGAGGGAAGGAUGUUAUGCAGAGGGCAGGAGGGAAGGAUGUUAUGCAGAGGGCAGGAGGGAAGGAUGUUAUGCAGAGGGCAGGAGGGAAGGAUGUUAUGCAGAGGGCAGGAGGGAAGGAUGUUAUGCAGAGGGCAGGAGGGAAGGAUGUUAUGCAGAGGGCAGGAGGGAAGGAUGUUAUGCAGAGGGCAGGAGGGAAGGAUGUUAUGCAGAGGGCAGGAGGGAAGGAUGUUAUGCAGAGGGCAGGAGGGAAGGAUGUUAUGCAGAGGGCAGGAGGGAAGGAUGUUAUGCAGAGGGCAGGAGGGAAGGAUGUUAUGCAGAGGGCAGGAGGGAAGGAUGUUAUGCAGAGGGCAGGAGGGAAGGAUGUUAUGCAGAGGGCAGGAGGGAAGGAUGUUAUGCAGAGGGCAGGAGGGAAGGAUGUUAUGCAGAGGGCAGGAGGGAAGGAUGUUAUGCAGAGGGCAGGAGGGAAGGAUGUUAUGCAGAGGGCAGGAGGGAAGGAUGUUAUGCAGAGGGCAGGAGGGAAGGAUGUUAUGCAGAGGGCAGGAGGGAAGGAUGUUAUGCAGAGGGCAGGAGGGAAGGAUGUUAUGCAGAGGGCAGGAGGGAAGGAUGUUAUGCAGAGGGCAGGAGGGAAGGAUGUUAUGCAGAGGGCAGGAGGGAAGGAUGUUAUGCAGAGGGCAGGAGGGAAGGAUGUUAUGCAGAGGGCAGGAGGGAAGGAUGUUAUGCAGAGGGCAGGAGGGAAGGAUGUUAUGCAGAGGGCAGGAGGGAAGGAUGUUAUGCAGAGGGCAGGAGGGAAGGAUGUUAUGCAGAGGGCAGGAGGGAAGGAUGUUAUGCAGAGGGCAGGAGGGAAGGAUGUUAUGCAGAGGGCAGGAGGGAAGGAUGUUAUGCAGAGGGCAGGAGGGAAGGAUGUUAUGCAGAGGGCAGGAGGGAAGGAUGUUAUGCAGAGGGCAGGAGGGAAGGAUGUUAUGCAGAGGGCAGGAGGGAAGGAUGUUAUGCAGAGGGCAGGAGGGAAGGAUGUUAUGCAGAGGGCAGGAGGGAAGGAUGUUAUGCAGAGGGCAGGAGGGAAGGAUGUUAUGCAGAGGGCAGGAGGGAAGGAUGUUAUGCAGAGGGCAGGAGGGAAGGAUGUUAUGCAGAGGGCAGGAGGGAAGGAUGUUAUGCAGAGGGCAGGAGGGAAGGAUGUUAUGCAGAGGGCAGGAGGGAAGGAUGUUAUGCAGAGGGCAGGAGGGAAGGAUGUUAUGCAGAGGGCAGGAGGGAAGGAUGUUAUGCAGAGGGCAGGAGGGAAGGAUGUUAUGCAGAGGGCAGGAGGGAAGGAUGUUAUGCAGAGGGCAGGAGGGAAGGAUGUUAUGCAGAGGGCAGGAGGGAAGGAUGUUAUGCAGAGGGCAGGAGGGAAGGAUGUUAUGCAGAGGGCAGGAGGGAAGGAUGUUAUGCAGAGGGCAGGAGGGAAGGAUGUUAUGCAGAGGGCAGGAGGGAGGGCAGGAGGGAAGGAUGUUAUGCAGAGGGCAGGAGGGAAGGAUGUUAUGCAGAGGGCAGGAGGGAAGGAUGUUAUGCAGAGGGCAGGAGGGAAGGAUGUUAUGCAGAGGGCAGGAGGGAAGGAUGUUAUGCAGAGGGCAGGAGGGAAGGAUGUUAUGCAGAGGGCAGGAGGGAAGGAUGUUAUGCAGAGGGCAGGAGGGAAGGAUGUUAUGCAGAGGGCAGGAGGGAAGGAUGUUAUGCAGAGGGCAGGAGGGAAGGAUGUUAUGCAGAGGGCAGGAGGGAAGGAUGUUAUGCAGAGGGCAGGAGGGAAGGAUGUUAUGCAGAGGGCAGGAGGGAAGGAUGUUAUGCAGAGGGCAGGAGGGAAGGAUGUUAUGCAGAGGGCAGGAGGGAAGGAUGUUAUGCAGAGGGCAGGAGGGAAGGAUGUUAUGCAGAGGGCAGGAGGGAAGGAUGUUAUGCAGAGGGCAGGAGGGAAGGAUGUUAUGCAGAGGGCAGGAGGGAAGGAUGUUAUGCAGAGGGCAGGAGGGAAGGAUGUUAUGCAGAGGGCAGGAGGGAAGGAUGUUAUGCAGAGGGCAGGAGGGAAGGAUGUUAUGCAGAGGGCAGGAGGGAAGGAUGUUAUGCAGAGGGCAGGAGGGAAGGAUGUUAUGCAGAGGGCAGGAGGGAAGGAUGUUAUGCAGAGGGCAGGAGGGAAGGAUGUUAUGCAGAGGGCAGGAGGGAAGGAUGUUAUGCAGAGGGCAGGAGGGAAGGAUGUUAUGCAGAGGGCAGGAGGGAAGGAUGUUAUGCAGAGGGCAGGAGGGAAGGAUGUUAUGCAGAGGGCAGGAGGGAAGGAUGUUAUGCAGAGGGCAGGAGGGAAGGAUGUUAUGCAGAGGGCAGGAGGGAAGGAUGUUAUGCAGAGGGCAGGAGGGAAGGAUGUUAUGCAGAGGGCAGGAGGGAAGGAUGUUAUGCAGAGGGCAGGAGGGAAGGAUGUUAUGCAGAGGGCAGGAGGGAAGGAUGUUAUGCAGAGGGCAGGAGGGAAGGAUGUUAUGCAGAGGGCAGGAGGGAAGGAUGUUAUGCAGAGGGCAGGAGGGAAGGAUGUUAUGCAGAGGGCAGGAGGGAAGGAUGUUAUGCAGAGGGCAGGAGGGAAGGAUAGGGCAGGAGGGAAGGAUGUUAUGCAGAGGGCAGGAGGGAAGGAUGUUAUGCAGAGGGCAGGAGGGAAGGAUGUUAUGCAGAGGGCAGGAGGGAAGGAUGUUAUGCAGAGGGCAGGAGGGAAGGAUGUUAUGCAGAGGGCAGGAGGGAAGGAUGUUAUGCAGAGGGCAGGAGGGAAGGAUGUUAUGCAGAGGGCAGGAGGGAAGGAUGUUAUGCAGAGGGCAGGAGGGAAGGAUGUUAUGCAGAGGGCAGGAGGGAAGGAUGUUAUGCAGAGGGCAGGAGGGAAGGAUGUUAUGCAGAGGGCAGGAGGGAAGGAUGUUAUGCAGAGGGCAGGAGGGAAGGAUGUUAUGCAGAGGGCAGGAGGGAAGGAUGUUAUGCAGAGGGCAGGAGGGAAGGAUGUUAUGCAGAGGGCAGGAGGGAAGGAUGUUAUGCAGAGGGCAGGAGGGAAGGAUGUUAUGCAGAGGGCAGGAGGGAAGGAUGUUAUGCAGAGGGCAGGAGGGAAGGAUGUUAUGCAGAGGGCAGGAGGGAAGGAUGUUAUGCAGAGGGCAGGAGGGAAGGAUGUUAUGCAGAGGGCAGGAGGGAAGGAUGUUAUGCAGAGGGCAGGAGGGAAGGAUGUUAUGCAGAGGGCAGGAGGGAAGGAUGUUAUGCAGAGGGCAGGAGGGAAGGAUGUUAUGCAGAGGGCAGGAGGGAAGGAUGUUAUGCAGAGGGCAGGAGGGAAGGAUGUUAUGCAGAGGGCAGGAGGGAAGGAUGUUAUGCAGAGGGCAGGAGGGAAGGAUGUUAUGCAGAGGGCAGGAGGGAAGGAUGUUAUGCAGAGGGCAGGAGGGAAGGAUGUUAUGCAGAGGGCAGGAGGGAAGGAUGUUAUGCAGAGGGCAGGAGGGAAGGAUGUUAUGCAGAGGGCAGGAGGGAAGGAUGUUAUGCAGAGGGCAGGAGGGAAGGAUGUUAUGCAGAGGGCAGGAGGGAAGGAUGUUAUGCAGAGGGCAGGAGGGAAGGAUGUUAUGCAGAGGGCAGGAGGGAAGGAUGUUAUGCAGAGGGCAGGAGGGAAGGAUGUUAUGCAGAGGGCAGGAGGGAAGGAUGUUAUGCAGAGGGCAGGAGGGAAGGAUGUUAUGCAGAGGGCAGGAGGGAAGGAUGUUAUGCAGAGGGCAGGAGGGAAGGAUGUUAUGCAGAGGGCAGGAGGGAAGGAUGUUAUGCAGAGGGCAGGAGGGAAGGAUGUUAUGCAGAGGGCAGGAGGGAAGGAUGUUAUGCAGAGGGCAGGAGGGAAGGAUGUUAUGCAGAGGGCAGGAGGGAAGGAUGUUAUGCAGAGGGCAGGAGGGAAGGAUGUUAUGCAGAGGGCAGGAGGGAAGGAUGUUAUGCAGAGGGCAGGAGGGAAGGAUGUUAUGCAGAGGGCAGGAGGGAAGGAUGUUAUGCAGAGGGCAGGAGGGAAGGAUGUUAUGCAGAGGGCAGGAGGGAAGGAUGUUAUGCAGAGGGCAGGAGGGAAGGAUGUUAUGCAGAGGGCAGGAGGGAAGGAUGUUAUGCAGAGGGCAGGAGGGAAGGAUGUUAUGCAGAGGGCAGGAGGGAAGGAUGUUAUGCAGAGGGCAGGAGGGAAGGAUGUUAUGCAGAGGGCAGGAGGGAAGGAUGUUAUGCAGAGGGCAGGAGGGAAGGAUGUUAUGCAGAGGGCAGGAGGGAAGGAUAGGGCAGGAGGGAAGGAUGUUAUGCAGAGGGCAGGAGGGAAGGAUGUUAUGCAGAGGGCAGGAGGGAAGGAUGUUAUGCAGAGGGCAGGAGGGAAGGAUGUUAUGCAGAGGGCAGGAGGGAAGGAUGUUAUGCAGAGGGCAGGAGGGAAGGAUGUUAUGCAGAGGGCAGGAGGGAAGGAUGUUAUGCAGAGGGCAGGAGGGAAGGAUGUUAUGCAGAGGGCAGGAGGGAAGGAUGUUAUGCAGAGGGCAGGAGGGAAGGAUGUUAUGCAGAGGGCAGGAGGGAAGGAUGUUAUGCAGAGGGCAGGAGGGAAGGAUGUUAUGCAGAGGGCAGGAGGGAAGGAUGUUAUGCAGAGGGCAGGAGGGAAGGAUGUUAUGCAGAGGGCAGGAGGGAAGGAUGUUAUGCAGAGGGCAGGAGGGAAGGAUGUUAUGCAGAGGGCAGGAGGGAAGGAUGUUAUGCAGAGGGCAGGAGGGAAGGAUGUUAUGCAGAGGGCAGGAGGGAAGGAUGUUAUGCAGAGGGCAGGAGGGAAGGAUGUUAUGCAGAGGGCAGGAGGGAAGGAUGUUAUGCAGAGGGCAGGAGGGAAGGAUGUUAUGCAGAGGGCAGGAGGGAAGGAUGUUAUGCAGAGGGCAGGAGGGAAGGAUGUUAUGCAGAGGGCAGGAGGGAAGGAUGUUAUGCAGAGGGCAGGAGGGAAGGAUGUUAUGCAGAGGGCAGGAGGGAAGGAUGUUAUGCAGAGGGCAGGAGGGAAGGAUGUUAUGCAGAGGGCAGGAGGGAAGGAUGUUAUGCAGAGGGCAGGAGGGAAGGAUGUUAUGCAGAGGGCAGGAGGGAAGGAUGUUAUGCAGAGGGCAGGAGGGAAGGAUGUUAUGCAGAGGGCAGGAGGGAAGGAUGUUAUGCAGAGGGCAGGAGGGAAGGAUGUUAUGCAGAGGGCAGGAGGGAAGGAUGUUAUGCAGAGGGCAGGAGGGAAGGAUGUUAUGCAGAGGGCAGGAGGGAAGGAUGUUAUGCAGAGGGCAGGAGGGAAGGAUGUUAUGCAGAGGGCAGGAGGGAAGGAUGUUAUGCAGAGGGCAGGAGGGAAGGAUGUUAUGCAGAGGGCAGGAGGGAAGGAUGUUAUGCAGAGGGCAGGAGGGAAGGAUGUUAUGCAGAGGGCAGGAGGGAAGGAUGUUAUGCAGAGGGCAGGAGGGAAGGAUGUUAUGCAGAGGGCAGGAGGGAAGGAUGUUAUGCAGAGGGCAGGAGGGAAGGAUGUUAUGCAGAGGGCAGGAGGGAAGGAUGUUAUGCAGAGGGCAGGAGGGAAGGAUGUUAUGCAGAGGGCAGGAGGGAAGGAUGUUAUGCAGAGGGCAGGAGGGAAGGAUGUUAUGCAGAGGGCAGGAGGGAAGGAUGUUAUGCAGAGGGCAGGAGGGAAGGAUGUUAUGCAGAGGGCAGGAGGGAAGGAUGUUAUGCAGAGGGCAGGAGGGAAGGAUGUUAUGCAGAGGGCAGGAGGGAAGGAUGUUAUGCAGAGGGCAGGAGGGAAGGAUGUUAUGCAGAGGGCAGGAGGGAAGGAUGUUAUGCAGAGGGCAGGAGGGAAGGAUGUUAUGCAGAGGGCAGGAGGGAAGGAUGUUAUGCAGAGGGCAGGAGGGAAGGAUGUUAUGCAGAGGGCAGGAGGGAAGGAUGUUAUGCAGAGGGCAGGAGGGAAGGAUGUUAUGCAGAGGGCAGGAGGGAAGGAUGUUAUGCAGAGGGCAGGAGGGAAGGAUGUUAUGCAGAGGGCAGGAGGGAAGGAUGUUAUGCAGAGGGCAGGAGGGAAGGAUGUUAUGCAGAGGGCAGGAGGGAAGGAUGUUAUGCAGAGGGCAGGAGGGAAGGAUGUUAUGCAGAGGGCAGGAGGGAAGGAUGUUAUGCAGAGGGCAGGAGGGAAGGAUGUUAUGCAGAGGGCAGGAGGGAAGGAUGUUAUGCAGAGGGCAGGAGGGAAGGAUGUUAUGCAGAGGGCAGGAGGGAAGGAUGUUAUGCAGAGGGCAGGAGGGAAGGAUGUUAUGCAGAGGGCAGGAGGGAAGGAUGUUAUGCAGAGGGCAGGAGGGAAGGAUGUUAUGCAGAGGGCAGGAGGGAAGGAUGUUAUGCAGAGGGCAGGAGGGAAGGAUGUUAUGCAGAGGGCAGGAGGGAAGGAUGUUAUGCAGAGGGCAGGAGGGAAGGAUGUUAUGCAGAGGGCAGGAGGGAAGGAUGUUAUGCAGAGGGCAGGAGGGAAGGAUAGGGCAGGAGGGAAGGAUGUUAUGCAGAGGGCAGGAGGGAAGGAUGUUAUGCAGAGGGCAGGAGGGAAGGAUGUUAUGCAGAGGGCAGGAGGGAAGGAUGUUAUGCAGAGGGCAGGAGGGAAGGAUGUUAUGCAGAGGGCAGGAGGGAAGGAUGUUAUGCAGAGGGCAGGAGGGAAGGAUGUUAUGCAGAGGGCAGGAGGGAAGGAUGUUAUGCAGAGGGCAGGAGGGAAGGAUGUUAUGCAGAGGGCAGGAGGGAAGGAUGUUAUGCAGAGGGCAGGAGGGAAGGAUGUUAUGCAGAGGGCAGGAGGGAAGGAUGUUAUGCAGAGGGCAGGAGGGAAGGAUGUUAUGCAGAGGGCAGGAGGGAAGGAUGUUAUGCAGAGGGCAGGAGGGAAGGAUGUUAUGCAGAGGGCAGGAGGGAAGGAUGUUAUGCAGAGGGCAGGAGGGAAGGAUGUUAUGCAGAGGGCAGGAGGGAAGGAUGUUAUGCAGAGGGCAGGAGGGAAGGAUGUUAUGCAGAGGGCAGGAGGGAAGGAUGUUAUGCAGAGGGCAGGAGGGAAGGAUGUUAUGCAGAGGGCAGGAGGGAAGGAUGUUAUGCAGAGGGCAGGAGGGAAGGAUGUUAUGCAGAGGGCAGGAGGGAAGGAUGUUAUGCAGAGGGCAGGAGGGAAGGAUGUUAUGCAGAGGGCAGGAGGGAAGGAUGUUAUGCAGAGGGCAGGAGGGAAGGAUGUUAUGCAGAGGGCAGGAGGGAAGGAUAGGGCAGGAGGGAAGGAUGUUAUGCAGAGGGCAGGAGGGAAGGAUGUUAUGCAGAGGGCAGGAGGGAAGGAUGUUAUGCAGAGGGCAGGAGGGAAGGAUGUUAUGCAGAGGGCAGGAGGGAAGGAUGUUAUGCAGAGGGCAGGAGGGAAGGAUGUUAUGCAGAGGGCAGGAGGGAAGGAUGUUAUGCAGAGGGCAGGAGGGAAGGAUGUUAUGCAGAGGGCAGGAGGGAAGGAUGUUAUGCAGAGGGCAGGAGGGAAGGAUGUUAUGCAGAGGGCAGGAGGGAAGGAUGUUAUGCAGAGGGCAGGAGGGAAGGAUGUUAUGCAGAGGGCAGGAGGGAAGGAUGUUAUGCAGAGGGCAGGAGGGAAGGAUGUUAUGCAGAGGGCAGGAGGGAAGGAUGUUAUGCAGAGGGCAGGAGGGAAGGAUGUUAUGCAGAGGGCAGGAGGGAAGGAUGUUAUGCAGAGGGCAGGAGGGAAGGAUGUUAUGCAGAGGGCAGGAGGGAAGGAUGUUAUGCAGAGGGCAGGAGGGAAGGAUGUUAUGCAGGCAGGAGGGAAGGAUGUUAUGCAGAGGGCAGGAGGGAGGGAUGUUAUGCAGAGGGCAGGAGGGAAGGAUGUUAUGCAGAGGGCAGGAGGGAAGGAUGUUAUGCAGAGGGCAGGAGGGAAGGAUAGGGCAGGAGGGAAGGAUGUUAUGCAGAGGGUAGGAGGGAAGGAUGUUAUGCAGAGGGCAGGAGGGAAGGAUGUUAUGCAGAGGGCAGGAGGGAAGGAUGUUAUGCAGAGGGCAGGAGGGAAGGAUGUUAUGCAGAGGGCAGGAGGGAAGGAUGUUAUGCAGAGGGCAGGAGGGAAGGAUGUUAUGCAGAGGGCAGGAGGGAAGGAUGUUAUGCAGAGGGCAGGAGGGAAGGAUGUUAUGCAGAGGGCAGGAGGGAAGGAUGUUAUGCAGAGGGCAGGAGGGAAGGAUGUUAUGCAGAGGGCAGGAGGGAAGGAUGUUAUGCAGAGGGCAGGAGGGAAGGAUGUUAUGCAGAGGGCAGGAGGGAAGGAUGUUAUGCAGAGGGCAGGAGGGAAGGAUGUUAUGCAGAGGGCAGGAGGGAAGGAUGUUAUGCAGAGGGCAGGAGGAAGGAUGUUAUGCAGAGGGCAGGAGGGAAGGAUGUUAUGCAGAGGGCAGGAGGGAAGGAUGUUAUGCAGAGGGCAGGAGGGAAGGAUGUUAUGCAGAGGGCAGGAGGGAAGGAUGUUAUGCAGAGGGCAGGAGGGAAGGAUGUUAUGCAGAGGGCAGGAGGGAAGGAUGUUAUGCAGAGGGCAGGAGGGAAGGAUGUUAUGCAGAGGGCAGGAGGGAAGGAUGUUAUGCAGAGGGCAGGAGGGAGGAUGUUAUGCAGAGGGCAGGAGGGAGGAUGUUAUGCAGAGGGCAGGAGGGAAGGAUGUUAUGCAGAGGGCAGGAGGGAAGGAUGUUAUGCAGAGGGCAGGAGGGAGGGAUGUUAUGCAGAGGGCAGGAGGGAGGAUGUUAUGCAGAGGGCAGGAGGGAGGAUGUUAUGCAGAGGGCAGGAGGGAAGGAUGUUAUGCAGAGGGCAGGAGGGAAGGAUGUUAUGCAGAGGGCAGGAGGGAGGGAUGUUAUGCAGAGGGCAGGAGGGAGGAUGUUAUGCAGAGGGCAGGAGGGAAGGAUGUUAUGCAGAGGGCAGGAGGGAAGGAUGUUAUGCAGAGGGCAGGAGGGAAGGAUGUUAUGCAGAGGGCAGGAGGGAAGGAUGUUAUGCAGAGGGCAGGAGGGAAGGAUGUUAUGCAGAGGGCAGGAGGGAAGGAUGUUAUGCAGAGGGCAGGAGGGAAGGAUGUUAUGCAGAGGGCAGGAGGGAAGGAUGUUAUGCAGAGGGCAGGAGGGAAGGAUGUUAUGCAGAGGGCAGGAGGGAAGGAUGUUAUGCAGAGGGCAGGAGGGAAGGAUGUUAUGCAGAGGGCAGGAGGGAAGGAUGUUAGGGGCAGGAGGAGGAUGUUAUGCAGAGGGCAGGAGGGAAGGAUGUUAUGCAGAGGGCAGGAGGGAAGGAUGUUAUGCAGAGGGCAGGAGGGAAGGAUGUUAUGCAGAGGGCAGGAGGGAAGGAUGUUAUGCAGAGGGCAGGAGGGAAGGAUGUUAUGCAGAGGGCAGGAGGGAAGGAUGUUAUGCAGAGGGCAGGAGGGAAGGAUGUUAUGCAGAGGCAGGAGGGAAGGAUGUUAUGCAGAGGGCAGGAGGGAAGGAUGUUAUGCAGAGGGCAGGAGGGAAGGAUGUUAUGCAGAGGGCAGGAGGGAAGGAUGUUAUGCAGAGGGCAGGAGGGAAGGAUGUUAUGCAGAGGGCAGGAGGAAGGAUGUUAUGCAGAGGGCAGGAGGGAAGGAUGUUAUGCAGAGGGCAGGAGGGAAGGAUGUUAUGCAGAGGGCAGGAGGGAAGGAUGUUAUGCAGAGGGCAGGAGGGAAGGAUGUUAUGCAGAGGGCAGGAGGGAAGGAUGUUAUGCAGAGGGCAGGAGGGAAGGAUUGUUAUGCAGAGGGCAGGAGGGAAGGAUGUUAUGCAGAGGGCAGGAGGGAAGGAUGUUAUGCAGAGGGCAGGAGGAAGGAUGUUAUGCAGAGGGCAGGAGGGAAGGAUGUUAUGCAGAGGGCAGGAGGGAAGGAUGUUAUGCAGAGGGCAGGAGGGAAGGAUGUUAUGCAGAGGGCAGGAGGGAAGGAUGUUAUGCAGAGGGCAGGAGGGAAGGAUGUUAUGCAGAGGGCAGGAGGGAAGGAUGUUAUGCAGAGGGCAGGAGGGAAGGAUGUUAUGCAGAGGGCAGGAGGGAAGGAUGUUAUGCAGAGGGCAGGAGGGAAGGAUGUUAUGCAGAGGGCAGGAGGGAAGGAUGUUAUGCAGAGGGCAGGAGGGAAGGAUGUUAUGCAGAGGGCAGGAGGGAAGGAUGUUAUGCAGAGGGCAGGAGGGAAGGAUGUUAUGCAGAGGGCAGGAGGGAAGGAUGUUAUGCAGAGGGCAGGAGGGAAGGAUGUUAUGCAGAGGGCAGGAGGGAAGGAUGUUAUGCAGAGGGCAGGAGGGAAGGAUGUUAUGCAGAGGGCAGGAGGGAAGGAUGUUAUGCAGAGGGCAGGAGGGAAGGAUGUUAUGCAGAGGGCAGGAGGGAAGGAUGUUAUGCAGAGGGCAGGAGGGAAGGAUGUUAUGCAGAGGGCAGGAGGGAAGGAUGUUAUGCAGAGGGCAGGAGGGAAGGAUGUUAUGCAGAGGGCAGGAGGGAAGGAUGUUAUGCAGAGGGCAGGAGGGAAGGAUGUUAUGCAGAGGGCAGGAGGGAAGGAUGUUAUGCAGAGGGCAGGAGGGAAGGAUGUUAUGCAGAGGGCAGGAGGGAAGGAUGUUAUGCAGAGGGCAGGAGGGAAGGAUGUUAUGCAGAGGGCAGGAGGGAAGGAUGUUAUGCAGAGGGCAGGAGGGAAGGAUGUUAUGCAGAGGGCAGGAGGGAAGGAUGUUAUGCAGAGGGCAGGAGGGAAGGAUGUUAUGCAGAGGGCAGGAGGGAAGGAUGUUAUGCAGAGGGCAGGAGGGAAGGAUGUUAUGCAGAGGGCAGGAGGGAAGGAUGUUAUGCAGAGGGCAGGAGGGAAGGAUGUUAUGCAGAGGGCAGGAGGGAAGGAUGUUAUGCAGAGGGCAGGAGGGAAGGAUGUUAUGCAGAGGGCAGGAGGGAAGGAUGUUAUGCAGAGGGCAGGAGGGAAGGAUGUUAUGCAGAGGGCAGGAGGGAAGGAUGUUAUGCAGAGGGCAGGAGGGAAGGAUGUUAUGCAGAGGGCAGGAGGGAAGGAUGUUAUGCAGAGGGCAGGAGGGAAGGAUGUUAUGCAGAGGGCAGGAGGGAAGGAUGUUAUGCAGAGGGCAGGAGGGAAGGAUGUUAUGCAGAGGGCAGGAGGGAAGGAUGUUAUGCAGAGGGCAGGAGGGAAGGAUGUUAUGCAGAGGGCAGGAGGGAAGGAUGUUAUGCAGAGGGCAGGAGGGAAGGAUGUUAUGCAGAGGGCAGGAGGGAAGGAUGUUAUGCAGAGGGCAGGAGGGAAGGAUGUUAUGCAGAGGGCAGGAGGGAAGGAUGUUAUGCAGAGGGCAGGAGGGAAGGAUGUUAUGCAGAGGGCAGGAGGGAGGGAUGUUAUGCAGAGGGCAGGAGGGAGGGAUGUUAUGCAGAGGGCAGGAGGGAAGGAUGUUAUGCAGAGGGCAGGAGGGAAGGAUGUUAUGCAGAGGGCAGGAGGGAAGGAUGUUAUGCAGAGGGCAGGAGGGGAGGAUGUUAUGCAGAGGGCAGGAGGGAGGGAUGUUAUGCAGAGGGCAGGAGGGAAGGAUGUUAUGCAGAGGGCAGGAGGGAAGGAUGUUAUGCAGAGGGCAGGAGGGAAGGAUGUUAUGCAGAGGGCAGGAGGGAAGGAUGUUAUGCAGAGGGCAGGAGGGAAGGAUGUUAUGCAGAGGGCAGGAGGGAAGGAUGUUAUGCAGAGGGCAGGAGGGAAGGAUGUUAUGCAGAGGGCAGGAGGGAAGGAUGUUAUGCAGAGGGCAGGAGGGAAGGAUGUUAUGCAGAGGGCAGGAGGGAAGGAUGUUAUGCAGAGGGCAGGAGGGAAGGAUGUUAUGCAGAGGGCAGGAGGGAAGGAUGUUAUGCAGAGGGCAGGAGGGAAGGAUGUUAUGCAGAGGGCAGGAGGGAAGGAUGUUAUGCAGAGGGCAGGAGGGAAGGAUGUUAUGCAGAGGGCAGGAGGGAAGGAUGUUAUGCAGAGGGCAGGAGGGAAGGAUGUUAUGCAGAGGGCAGGAGGGAAGGAUGUUAUGCAGAGGGCAGGAGGGAAGGAUGUUAUGCAGAGGGCAGGAGGGAAGGAUGUUAUGCAGAGGGCAGGAGGGAAGGAUGUUAUGCAGAGGGCAGGAGGGAAGGAUGUUAUGCAGAGGGGAUGUUAUGCAGAGGCAGGAGGAAGGAUGUUAUGCAGAGGGCAGGAGGGAAGGAUGUUAUGCAGAGGGCAGGAGGGAAGGAUGUUAUGCAGAGGGCAGGAGGGAAGGAUGUUAUGCAGAGGGCAGGAGGGAAGGAUGUUAUGCAGAGGGCAGGAGGGAAGGAUGUUAUGCAGAGGGCAGGAGGGAAGGAUGUUAUGCAGAGGGCAGGAGGGAAGGGAUGUUAUGCAGAGGGCAGGAGGGAAGGAUGUUAUGCAGAGGGCAGGAGGGAAGGAUGUUAUGCAGAGGGCAGGAGGGAAGGAUGUUAUGCAGAGGGCAGGAGGGAAGGAUGUUAUGCAGAGGGCAGGAGGAAGGAUGUUAUGCAGAGGGCAGGAGGGAAGGAUGAGGAAGGAUGUUAUGCAGAGGGCAGGAGGGAAGGAUGUUAUGCAGAGGGCAGGAGGGAAGGAUGUUAUGCAGAGGGCAGGAGGGAAGGAUGUUAUGCAGAGGGCAGGAGGGAAGGAUGUUAUGCAGAGGGCAGGAGGGAAGGAUGUUAUGCAGAGGGCAGGAGGGAAGGAUGUUAUGCAGAGGGCAGGAGGGAAGGAUGUUAUGCAGAGGGCAGGAGGGAAGGAUGUUAUGCAGAGGGCAGGAGGGAAGGAUGUUAUGCAGAGGGCAGGAGGGAAGGAUGUUAUGCAGAGGGCAGGAGGGAAGGAUGUUAUGCAGAGGGCAGGAGGGAAGGAUGUUAUGCAGAGGGCAGGAGGGAAGGAUGUUAUGCAGAGGGCAGGAGGGAAGGAUGUUAUGCAGAGGGCAGGAGGGAAGGAUGUUAUGCAGAGGGCAGGAGGGAAGGAUGUUAUGCAGAGGGCAGGAGGGAAGGAUGUUAUGCAGAGGGCAGGAGGGAAGGAUGUUAUGCAGAGGGCAGGAGGGAAGGAUGUUAUGCAGAGGGCAGGAGGGAAGGAUGUUAUGCAGAGGGCAGGAGGGAAGGAUGUUAUGCAGAGGGCAGGAGGGAAGGAUGUUAUGCAGAGGGCAGGAGGGAAGGAUGUUAUGCAGAGGGCAGGAGGGAAGGAUGUUAUGCAGAGGGCAGGAGGGAGGGAUGUUAUGCAGAGGGCAGGAGGGAAGGAUGUUAUGCAGAGGGCAGGAGGGAAGGAUAGGGCAGGAGGGAAGGAUGUUAUGCAGAGGGCAGGAGGGAAGGAUGUUAUGCAGAGGGCAGGAGGGAAGGAUGUUAUGCAGAGGGCAGGAGGGAAGGAUGUUAUGCAGAGGGCAGGAGGGAAGGAUGUUAUGCAGAGGGCAGGAGGGAAGGAUGUUAUGCAGAGGGCAGGAGGGAAGGAUGUUAUGCAGAGGGCAGGAGGGAAGGAUAGGGCAGGAGGGAAGGAUGUUAUGCAGAGGGCAGGAGGGAAGGAUGUUAUGCAGAGGGCAGGAGGGAAGGAUGUUAUGCAGAGGGCAGGAGGGAAGGAUGUUAUGCAGAGGGCAGGAGGGAAGGAUGUUAUGCAGAGGGCAGGAGGGAAGGAUGUUAUGCAGAGGGCAGGAGGGAAGGAUGUUAUGCAGAGGGCAGGAGGGAAGGAUGUUAUGCAGAGGGCAGGAGGGAAGGAUGUUAUGCAGAGGGCAGGAGGGAAGGAUGUUAUGCAGAGGGCAGGAGGGAAGGAUGUUAUGCAGAGGGCAGGAGGGAAGGAUGUUAUGCAGAGGGCAGGAGGGAAGGAUGUUAUGCAGAGGGCAGGAGGGAAGGAUGUUAUGCAGAGGGCAGGAGGGAAGGAUGUUAUGCAGAGGGCAGGAGGGAAGGAUGUUAUGCAGAGGGCAGGAGGGAAGGAUGUUAUGCAGAGGGCAGGAGGGAAGGAUGUUAUGCAGAGGGCAGGAGGGAAGGAUGUUAUGCAGAGGGCAGGAGGGAAGGAUGUUAUGCAGAGGGCAGGAGGGAAGGAUGUUAUGCAGAGGGCAGGAGGGAAGGAUGUUAUGCAGAGGGCAGGAGGGAAGGAUGUUAUGCAGAGGGCAGGAGGGAAGGAUGUUAUGCAGAGGGCAGGAGGGAAGGAUGUUAUGCAGAGGGCAGGAGGGAAGGAUGUUAUGCAGAGGGCAGGAGGGAAGGAUGUUAUGCAGAGGGCAGGAGGGAAGGAUGUUAUGCAGAGGGCAGGAGGGAAGGAUGUUAUGCAGAGGGCAGGAGGGAAGGAUGUUAUGCAGAGGGCAGGAGGGAAGGAUGUUAUGCAGAGGGCAGGAGGGAAGGAUGUUAUGCAGAGGGCAGGAGGGAAGGAUGUUAUGCAGAGGGCAGGAGGGAAGGAUGUUAUGCAGAGGGCAGGAGGGAAGGAUGUUAUGCAGAGGGCAGGAGGGAAGGAUGUUAUGCAGAGGGCAGGAGGGAAGGAUGUUAUGCAGAGGGCAGGAGGGAAGGAUGUUAUGCAGAGGGCAGGAGGGAAGGAUGUUAUGCAGAGGGCAGGAGGGAAGGAUGUUAUGCAGAGGGCAGGAGGGAAGGAUGUUAUGCAGAGGGCAGGAGGGAAGGAUGUUAUGCAGAGGGCAGGAGGGAAGGAUGUUAUGCAGAGGGCAGGAGGGAAGGAUGUUAUGCAGAGGGCAGGAGGGAAGGAUGUUAUGCAGAGGGCAGGAGGGAAGGAUGUUAUGCAGAGGGCAGGAGGGAAGGAUGUUAUGCAGAGGGCAGGAGGGAAGGAUGUUAUGCAGAGGGCAGGAGGGAAGGAUGUUAUGCAGAGGGCAGGAGGGAAGGAUGUUAUGCAGAGGGCAGGAGGGAAGGAUGUUAUGCAGAGGGCAGGAGGGAAGGAUGUUAUGCAGAGGGCAGGAGGGAAGGAUGUUAUGCAGAGGGCAGGAGGGAAGGAUGUUAUGCAGAGGGCAGGAGGGAAGGAUGUUAUGCAGAGGGCAGGAGGGAAGGAUGUUAUGCAGAGGGCAGGAGGGAAGGAUGUUAUGCAGAGGGCAGGAGGGAAGGAUGUUAUGCAGAGGGCAGGAGGGAGGGAUGUUAUGCAGAGGGCAGGAGGGAAGGAUGUUAUGCAGAGGGCAGGAGGGAAGGAUGUUAUGCAGAGGGCAGGAGGGAAGGAUGUUAUGCAGAGGGCAGGAGGGAAGGAUGUUAUGCAGAGGGCAGGAGGGAAGGAUGUUAUGCAGAGGGCAGGAGGGAAGGAUGUUAUGCAGAGGGCAGGAGGGAAGGAUGUUAUGCAGAGGGCAGGAGGGAAGGAUGUUAUGCAGAGGGCAGGAGGGAAGGAUGUUAUGCAGAGGGCAGGAGGGAAGGAUGUUAUGCAGAGGGGCAGGAGGGAAGGAUGUUAUGCAGAGGGCAGGAGGGAAGGAUGUUAUGCAGAGGGCAGGAGGGAAGGAUGUUAUGCAGAGGGCAGGAGGGAAGGAUGUUAUGCAGAGGGCAGGAGGGAAGGAUGUUAUGCAGAGGGCAGGAGGGAAGGAUGUUAUGCAGAGGGCAGGAGGGAAGGAUGUUAUGCAGAGGGCAGGAGGGAAGGAUGUUAUGCAGAGGGCAGGAGGGAAGGAUGUUAUGCAGAGGGCAGGAGGGAAGGAUGUUAUGCAGAGGGCAGGAGGGAAGGAUGUUAUGCAGAGGGCAGGAGGGAAGGAUGUUAUGCAGAGGGCAGGAGGAAGGAUGUUAUGCAGAGGGCAGGAGGGAAGGAUGUUAUGCAGAGGGCAGGAGGGAAGGAUGUUAUGCAGAGGGCAGGAGGGAAGGAUGUUAUGCAGAGGGCAGGAGGGAAGGAUGUUAUGCAGAGGGCAGGAGGGAAGGAUGUUAUGCAGAGGGCAGGAGGGAAGGAUGUUAUGCAGAGGGCAGGAGGGAAGGAUGUUAUGCAGAGGGCAGGAGGGAGGAUGUUAUGCAGAGGGCAGGAGGGAAGGAUGUUAUGCAGAGGGCAGGAGGGAAGGAUGUUAUGCAGAGGGCAGGAGGGAAGGAUGUUAUGCAGAGGGCAGGAGGGAAGGGAUGUUAUGCAGAGGGCAGGAGGAGGAUGUUUAUGCAGAGGGCAGGAGGGAGGAUGUUAUGCAGAGGGCAGGAGGGAAGGAUGUUAUGCAGAGGGCAGGAGGGAAGGAUGUUAUGCAGAGGGCAGGAGGGAAGGAUGUUAUGCAGAGGGCAGGAGGGAAGGAUGUUAUGCAGAGGGCAGGAGGGAGGGAUGUUAUGCAGAGGGCAGGAGGGAAGGAUGUUAUGCAGAGGGCAGGAGGGAAGGAUGUUAUGCAGAGGGCAGGAGGGAAGGAUGUUAUGCAGAGGGCAGGAGGGAAGGAUGUUAUGCAGAGGGCAGGAGGGAAGGAUGUUAUGCAGAGGGCAGGAGGGAAGGAUGUUAUGCAGAGGGCAGGAGGGAAGGAUGUUAUGCAGAGGGCAGGAGGGAAGGAUGUUUAGGGCAGGAGGAGGAUGUUAUGCAGAGGGCAGGAGGGAAGGAUGUUAUGCAGAGGGCAGGAGGGAAGGAUGUUAUGCAGAGGGCAGGAGGGAAGGAUGUUAUGCAGAGGGCAGGAGGGAAGGAUGUUAUGCAGAGGGCAGGAGGGAAGGAUGUUAUGCAGAGGGCAGGAGGGAAGGAUGUUAUGCAGAGGGCAGGAGGGAAGGAUGUUAUGCAGAGGGCAGGAGGGAAGGAUGUUAUGCAGAGGGCAGGAGGGAAGGAUGUUAUGCAGAGGGCAGGAGGGAAGGAUGUUAUGCAGAGGGCAGGAGGGAAGGAUGUUAUGCAGAGGGCAGGAGGGAAGGAUGUUAUGCAGAGGGCAGGAGGGAAGGAUGUUAUGCAGAGGGCAGGAGGGAAGGAUGUUAUGCAGAGGGCAGAGGGAGGAUGUUAUGCAGAGGGCAGGAGGGAAGGAUGUUAUGCAGAGGGCAGGAGGGAAGGAUGUUAUGCAGAGGGCAGGGAGGGAAGGAUGUUAUGCAGAGGGCAGGAGGGAAGAGGGCAGAGGGAAGGAUGUUAUGCAGAGGCAGAGGAAGGAUGUUAUGCAGAGGGCAGGAGGGAAGGAUGUUAUGCAGAGGGCAGGAGGGAAGGAUGUUAUGCAGAGGGCAGGAGGGAAGGAUGUUAUGCAGAGGGCAGGAGGGAAGGAUGUUAUGCAGAGGGCAGGAGGGAAGGAUGUUAUGCAGAGGCAGGAGGGAAGGAUGUUAUGCAGAGGGCAGGAGGGAAGGAUGUUAUGCAGAGGGCAGGAGGGAAGGAUGUUAUGCAGAGGGCAGGAGGGAAGGAUGUUAUGCAGAGGGCAGGAGGGAAGGAUGUUAUGCAGAGGGCAGGAGGGAAGGAUGUUAUGCAGAGGGCAGGAGGGAAGGAUGUUAUGCAGAGGGCAGGAGGGAAGGAUGUUAUGCAGAGGGCAGGAGGGAAGGAUGUUAUGCAGAGGGCAGGAGGGAAGGAUGUUAUGCAGAGGGCAGGAGGGAAGGAUGUUAUGCAGAGGGCAGGAGGGAAGGAUGUUAUGCAGAGGGCAGGAGGGAAGGAUGUUAUGCAGAGGGCAGGAGGGAAGGAUGUUAUGCAGAGGGCAGGAGGGAAGGAUGUUAUGCAGAGGGCAGGAGGGAAGGAUGUUAUGCAGAGGGCAGGAGGGAAGGAUGUUAUGCAGAGGGCAGGAGGGAAGGAUGUUAUGCAGAGGGCAGGAGGGAAGGAUGUUAUGCAGAGGGCAGGAGGGAAGGAUGUUAUGCAGAGGGCAGGAGGGAAGGAUGUUAUGCAGAGGGCAGGAGGGAAGGAUGUUAUGCAGAGGGCAGGAGGGAAGGAUGUUAUGCAGAGGGCAGGAGGGAAGGAUGUUAUGCAGAGGGCAGGAGGGAAGGAUGUAUGCAGAGGGCAGGAGGGAAGGAUGUUAUGCAGAGGGCAGGAGGGAAGGAUGUUAUGCAGAGGGCAGGAGGGAAGGAUGUUAUGCAGAGGGCAGGAGGGAAGGAUGUAUGCAGAGGGCAGGAGGGAAGGAUGUUAUGCAGAGGGCAGGAGGGAAGGAUGUUAUGCAGAGGGCAGGAGGGAAGGAUGUUAUGCAGAGGGCAGGAGGGAAGGAUGUUAUGCAGAGGGCAGGAGGGAAGGAUGUUAUGCAGAGGGCAGGAGGGAAGGAUGUUAUGCAGAGGGCAGGAGGGAAGGAUGUUAUGCAGAGGGCAGGAGGGAAGGAUGUUAUGCAGAGGGCAGGAGGGAAGGAUGUUAUGCAGAGGGCAGGAGGGAAGGAUGUUAUGCAGAGGGUUAUGCAGAGGGCAGGAGGGAAGAUGUUAUGCAGAGGGCAGGAGGGAAGGAUGUUAUGCAGAGGGCAGGAGGGAAGGAUGUUAUGCAGAGGGCAGGAGGGAAGGAUGUUAUGCAGAGGGCAGGAGGGAAGGAUGUUAUGGCAGAGGGCAGGAGGGAAGGAUGGUUAUGCAGAGGGCAGGAGGGAAGGAUGUUAUGCAGAGGGCAGGAGGGAAGGAUGUUAUGCCAGAGGGCAGGAGGGAAGGAUGUUAUGCAGAGGGCAGGAGGGAAGGAUGUUAUGCAGAGGGCAGGAGGGAAGGAUGUUAUGCAGAGGGCAGGAGGGAAGGAUGUUAUGCAGAGGGCAGGAGGGAAGGAUGUUAUGCAGAGGGCAGGAGGGAAGGAUGUUAUGCAGAGGCAGGAGGGAAGGAUGUUAUGCAGAGGGCAGGAGGAGGAUGUAUGCAGGAAGGGCAGGGGGAAGGCAAUGUUAUGCAGAGGGCAGGAGGGAAGGAUGUUAUGCAGAGGGCAGGAGGGAAGGAUGUUAUGCAGAGGGCAGGAGGGAAGGAUGUUAUGCAGAGGGCAGGAGGGGAAGGAUGUUAUGCAGAGGGCAGGAGGGAAGGAUGUUAUGCAGAGGGCAGGAGGGAAGGAUGUUAUGCAGAGGGCAGGAGGGAAGGAUGUUAUGCAGAGGGCAGGAGGGAAGGAUGUUAUGCAGAGGGCAGGAGGGAAGGAUGUUAUGCAGAGGGCAGGAGGGAAGGAUGUUAUGCAGAGGGCAGGAGGGAAGGAUGUUAUGCAGAGGGCAGGAGGGAAGGAUGUUAUGCAGAGGGCAGGAGGGAAGGAUGUUAUGCAGAGGGCAGGAGGGAAGGAUGUUAUGCAGAGGGCAGGAGGGAAGGAUGUUAUGCAGAGGGCAGGAGGGAAGGAUGUUAUGCAGAGGGCAGGAGGGAAGGAUGUUAUGCAGAGGGCAGGAGGGAAGGAUGUUAUGCAGAGGGCAGGAGGGAAGGAUGUUAUGCAGAGGGCAGGAGGGAAGGAUGUUAUGCAGAGGGCAGGAGGGAAGGAUGUUAUGCAGAGGGCAGGAGGGAAGGAUGUUAUGCAGAGGGCAGGAGGGAAGGAUGUUAUGCAGAGGGCAGGAGGGAAGGAUGUUAUGCAGAGGGCAGGAGGGAAGGAUGUUAUGCAGAGGGCAGGAGGGAAGGAUGUUAUGCAGAGGGCAGGAGGGAAGGAUGUUAUGCAGAGGGCAGGAGGGAAGGAUGUUAUGCAGAGGGCAGGAGGGAAGGAUGUUAUGCAGAGGGCAGGAGGGAAGGAUGUUAUGCAGAGGGCAGGAGGGAAGGAUGUUAUGCAGAGGGCAGGAGGGAAGGAUGUUAUGCAGAGGGCAGGAGGGAAGGAUGUUAUGCAGAGGGCAGGAGGGAAGGAUGUUAUGCAGAGGGCAGGAGGGAAGGAUGUUAUGCAGAGGGCAGGAGGGAAGGAUGUUAUGCAGAGGGCAGGAGGGAAGGAUGUUAUGCAGAGGGCAGGAGGGAAGGAUGUUAUGCAGAGGGCAGGAGGGAAGGAUGUUAUGCAGAGGGCAGGAGGGAAGGAUGUUAUGCAGAGGGCAGGAGGGAAGGAUGUUAUGCAGAGGGCAGGAGGGAAGGAUGUUAUGCAGAGGGCAGGAGGGAAGGAUGUUAUGCAGAGGGCAGGAGGGAAGGAUGUUAUGCAGAGGGCAGGAGGGAAGGAUGUUAUGCAGAGGGCAGGAGGGAAGGAUAGGGCAGGAGGGAAGGAUGUUAUGCAGAGGGCAGGAGGGAAGGAUGUUAUGCAGAGGGCAGGAGGGAAGGAUGUUAUGCAGAGGGCAGGAGGGAAGGAUGUUAUGCAGAGGGCAGGAGGGAAGGAUGUUAUGCAGAGGGCAGGAGGGAAGGAUGUUAUGCAGAGGGCAGGAGGGAAGGAUGUUAUGCAGAGGGCAGGAGGGAAGGAUGUUAUGCAGAGGGCAGGAGGGAAGGAUGUUAUGCAGAGGGCAGGAGGGAAGGAUGUUAUGCAGAGGGCAGGAGGGAAGGAUGUUAUGCAGAGGGCAGGAGGGAAGGAUGUUAUGCAGAGGGCAGGAGGGAAGGAUGUUAUGCAGAGGGCAGGAGGGAAGGAUGUUAUGCAGAGGGCAGGAGGGAAGGAUGUUAUGCAGAGGGCAGGAGGGAAGGAUGUUAUGCAGAGGGCAGGAGGGAAGGAUGUUAUGCAGAGGGCAGGAGGGAAGGAUAGGGCAGGAGGGAAGGAUGUUAUGCAGAGGGCAGGAGGGAAGGAUGUUAUGCAGAGGGCAGGAGGGAAGGAUGUUAUGCAGAGGGCAGGAGGGAAGGAUGUUAUGCAGAGGGCAGGAGGGAAGGAUGUUAUGCAGAGGGCAGGAGGGAAGGAUGUUAUGCAGAGGGCAGGAGGGAAGGAUGUUAUGCAGAGGGCAGGAGGGAAGGAUGUUAUGCAGAGGGCAGGAGGGAAGGAUGUUAUGCAGAGGGCAGGAGGGAAGGAUGUUAUGCAGAGGGCAGGAGGGAAGGAUGUUAUGCAGAGGGCAGGAGGGAAGGAUGUUAUGCAGAGGGCAGGAGGGAAGGAUGUUAUGCAGAGGGCAGGAGGGAAGGAUGUUAUGCAGAGGGCAGGAGGGAAGGAUGUUAUGCAGAGGGCAGGAGGGAAGGAUGUUAUGCAGAGGGCAGGAGGGAAGGAUGUUAUGCAGAGGGCAGGAGGGAAGGAUGUUAUGCAGAGGGCAGGAGGGAAGGAUGUUAUGCAGAGGGCAGGAGGGAGGGAUGUUAUGCAGAGGGCAGGAGGGAAGGGAUGGCAGGAGGGAAGGAUGUUAUGCAGAGGGCAGGAGGAGGAUGUUAUGCAGAGGGCAGGAGGGAAGGAUGUUAUGCAGAGGGCAGGAGGGAAGGAUGUUAUGCAGAGGGCAGGAGGGAAGGAUGUUAUGCAGAGGGCAGGAGGGAAGGAUGUUAUGCAGAGGGCAGGAGGGAAGGAUGUUAUGCAGAGGGCAGGAGGGAAGGAUGUUAUGCAGAGGGCAGGAGGGAAGGAUGUUAUGCAGAGGGCAGGAGGGAAGGAUGUUAUGCAGAGGGCAGGAGGGAAGGAUGUUAUGCAGAGGGCAGGAGGGAAGGAUGUUAUGCAGAGGGCAGGAGGGAAGGAUGUUAUGCAGAGGGCAGGAGGGAAGGAUGUUAUGCAGAGGGCAGGAGGGAAGGAUGUUAUGCAGAGGGCAGGAGGGAAGGAUGUUAUGCAGAGGGCAGGAGGGAAGGAUGUUAUGCAGAGGGCAGGAGGGAAGGAUGUUAUGCAGAGGGCAGGAGGGAAGGAUGUUAUGCAGAGGGCAGGAGGGAAGGAUGUUAUGCAGAGGGCAGGAGGGAAGGAUGUUAUGCAGAGGGCAGGAGGGAGGAUGUUAUGCAGAGGGCAGGAGGGAAGGAUGAGGGAGGAUGUUAUGCAGAGGGCAGGAGGGAGGGAUGUUAUGCAGAGGGCAGGAGGGAAGGAUGUUAUGCAGAGGGCAGGAGGGAAGGAUGUUAUGCAGAGGGCAGGAGGGAAGGAUGUUAUGCAGAGGGCAGGAGGGAAGGAUGUUAUGCAGAGGGCAGGAGGGAAGGAUGUUAUGCAGAGGGCAGGAGGGAAGGAUGUUAUGCAGAGGGCAGGAGGGAAGGGAUGUUAUGCAGAGGGCAGGAGGGAAGGAUGUUAUGCAGAGGGCAGGAGGGAAGGAUGUUAUGCAGAGGGCAGGAGGGAAGGAUGUUAUGCAGAGGGCAGGAGGGAAGGAUGUUAUGCAGAGGGCAGGAGGGAAGGAUGUUAUGCAGAGGGCAGGAGGGAAGGAUGUUAUGCAGAGGGCAGGAGGGAAGGAUGUUAUGCAGAGGGCAGAGGGAAGGAUGUUAUGCAGAGGGCAGGAGGGAAGGAUGUUAUGCAGAGGGCAGGAGGGAAGGAUGUUAUGCAGAGGGCAGGAGGGAAGGAUGUUAUGCAGAGGGCAGGAGGGAAGGAUGUUAUGCAGAGGGCAGGAGGGAAGGAUGUUAUGCAGAGGGCAGGAGGGAAGGAUGUUAUGCAGAGGGCAGGAGGGAAGGAUGUUAUGCAGAGGGCAGGAGGGAAGGAUGUUAUGCAGAGGGCAGGAGGGAAGGAUGUUAUGCAGAGGGCAGGAGGGAGGGAUGUUAUGCAGAGGGCAGGAGGGAAGGGAUGUUAUGCAGAGGGCAGGAGGGAGGAUGUUAUGCAGAGGGCAGGAGGGAAGGAUGUUAUGCAGAGGGCAGGAAGGAAGGAUGUUAUGCAGAGGGCAGGAGGGAGGGAUGUUAUGCAGAGGGCAGGAGGGAGGGAUGUUAUGCAGAGGGCAGGAGGGAAGGAUGUUAUGCAGAGGGCAGGAGGGAAGGAUGUUAUGCAGAGGGCAGGAGGGAAGGAUGUUAUGCAGAGGGCAGGAGGGAAGGAUGUUAUGCAGAGGGCAGGAGGGAGGGAUGUUAUGCAGAGGCAGGAGGAGCUAGCAGAGGGCAGGAGGAGGAUGUUAUGCAGAGGGCAGGAGGGAGGGAUGUUAUGCAGAGGGCAGGAGGGAAGGAUGUUAUGCAGAGGGCAGGAGGGAAGGAUGUUAUGCAGAGGGCAGGAGGGAGGGAUGUUAUGCAGAGGGCAGGAGGGAGGGAUGUUAUGCAGAGGGCAGGAGGGAGGGAUGUUAUGCAGAGGGCAGGAGGGAAGGAUGUUAUGCAGAGGGCAGGAGGGAAGGAUGUUAUGCAGAGGGCAGGAGGGAAGGAUGUUAUGCAGAGGGCAGGAGGGAGGGAUGUAUGCAGAGGGCAGGAGGGAAGGAUGUUAUGCAGAGGGCAGGAGGGAAGGAUGUUAUGCAGAGGGCAGGAGGAAGGAUGUUAUGCAGAGGGCAGGAGGGAGGGAUGUUAUGCAGAGGGCAGGAGGGAAGGAUGUUAUGCAGAGGGCAGGAGGGAAGGAUGUUAUGCAGAGGGCAGGAGGGAGGAUGUUAUGCAGAGGGCAGGAGGGAAGGAUGUUAUGCAGAGGGCAGGAGGGAAGGGAUGUUAUGCAGAGGGCAGGAGGGAGGGAUGUUAUGCAGAGGGCAGGAGGGAAGGAUGUUAUGCAGAGGGCAGGAGGGAAGGAUGUUAUGCAGAGGGCAGGAGGGAAGGAUGUUAUGCAGAGGGCAGGAGGGAAGGAUGUUAUGCAGAGGGCAGGAGGGAAGGAUGUUAUGCAGAGGGCAGGAGGGAAGGAUGUUAUGCAGAGGGCAGGAGGGAAGGAUGUUAUGCAGAGGGCAGGAGGGAAGGAUGAGGGAAGGGAUGUUAUGCAGAGGGCAGGAGGGAAGGAUGUUAUGCAGAGGGCAGGAGGGAAGGAUGUUAUGCAGAGGGCAGGAGGGAAGGAUGUUAUGCAGAGGGCAGGAGGGAAGGAUGUUAUGCAGAGGGCAGGAGGGAAGGAUGUUAUGCAGAGGGCAGGAGGGAAGGAUGUUAUGCAGAGGGCAGGAGGGAAGGAUGUUAUGCAGAGGGCAGGAGGGAAGGAUGUUAUGCAGAGGGCAGGAGGGAAGGAUGUUAUGCAGAGGGCAGGAGGGAAGGAUGUUAUGCAGAGGGCAGGAGGGAAGGAUGUUAUGCAGAGGGCAGGAGGGAAGGAUGUUAUGCAGAGGGCAGGAGGGAAGGAUGUUAUGCAGAGGGCAGGAGGGAAGAAUGUUAUGCAGAGGGCAGGAGGGAAGGAUGUUAUGCAGAGGGCAGGAGGGAAGGAUGUUAUGCAGAGGGCAGGAGGGAAGGAUGUUAUGCAGAGGGCAGGAGGGAAGGAUGUUAUGCAGAGGGCAGGAGGGAAGGAUGUUAUGCAGAGGGCAGGAGGGGAAGGAUGCAAUGAAAAGAACGAGGGGAAGGAUGGAAUGUAG